AGACACACCUUGCUAGUCUUCACCAGAAAAGGAUAUUUUCGACGACCAACGGAGGCAUAGACGCAUGUCUGUGCUCAGCGUCUUUCUAAAAGCCGCGGCGCUCGGCGCGGCGAUGAAUGCGUUGCUUCCCAGCCGGCGCGCGCAGUGUGCUCCGUUCGUGGAUGCACCGCCAGCAUCAGCCGCCGACGUGGCCACGCAGGACUUGGUUGCCAGCAUGCGUCUCCUCGACCAAGAUCCCCAAUGGAGCAUUGAGGCCGACGAUUUCCACAACAGCCUGCGCGCAGCCACGGUGCAGCUGCGCCUUCUCCGCCUCAGCGCCACAUACACAGACGCGGAAGGCGACACCGCCCCCGUCAUGCGGCUUGUCGGGCUUUUUCCUGGUGUGUCGACGGACACGCUUUAUCAUUAUCUGACGGGUCUGCAGACGCGUCCUGCGUGGGACGCAAACUACACCUUCUACGAGCGUUUUAACGGCGCCUGUCGGGGCACCCUUCAGCAUCCCUCUCUGCAGCGGCCGAUGGCUGCCGUGGCGAAGAAGCGGCCGCACUGCGAAGGGGAUGUGUGCACCCUCGUACCGGAUAUCUCGAGCAGCAUCGUCGACCAUGACUGGUUCUGCCACGGGGUGGGCAGCCCCUCUCUGCGUCGCUUUGGACUUGUCGACCGCCUUUUCCAAUACGAGCGGCUCACCACCGUUUUCCGAUUUGCAGCCGACGCCGAAGCGGUUCCUGCUGGUGCGCUGGCGGUGUACGACAUCCUCUUCAGCGGCUCAAGGCGGGCGCGCGACAGGGCCGCCGCAGACUCCCCCGCACUCGCCGCGUGGCUGCAGACCAAACGCCGCUGCGACGACGUGGAGGGCGUGGACGUUAACUUUCAGCAAAUCACUCUCAUCCCUAUUGCCGAUGCGCACGACCAACUCUUAGCGCGGCCCGAGCAGCUGCACUGGCUGUGCACCAUGGGCAGCGUGAUGGACGAUAAGGCGGCCAAACUCGUUUACAACGUUUUCAAGGACACCCAAACACGCAGCGAGCAGGGAAAGGCGUCUCUUCCAGGAAGUCUGCUCGUCAUGACGUCCGCCAACAACGUGCAUGUUCCCAAGCUCUUUCCAUUAUGGAUGCAGAAGAAGAUUUCCGGUGCUGUGUCGCGUAAAGCAUACGGACAAUUGAUGGCCGCUUGCGUGAAGGAUCAAGGACGGUGA